AUGGCGCCACAGCUGGGCGUUCAGCCAUCGCUUGACACCAUUCGAGAGGUAUUGGCUGCAGCAGUCAAGUCGCCCAACCCACCAAACCUCGUACCCGUAUUCUCCUCGAUUCCCGCCGAGUUCUUGACCGCCUCCAGCAUAUACCUCAAGAUAUCCGCAAAAUCAAAGUCAAAACUCUCGUUCCUCUUCGAGAGCGCUGCAACAACCGAGACCAUAGGCCGGUACAGCUUCAUUGGCGCAGACCCUCGCAAAGUCAUCAAGACCGGCCCCGGCCAUGGCGAAGAGACCGACCCACUACCCCUCCUCGAGAAGGAGCUUGCGAAGAGCCGCGUCGCGACCGUGCCCUCAAUACAACUACCGCCCAUGACCGGCGGUGCUGUCGGAUAUGUUGGCUAUGAUUGCGUCAAAUACUUCGAGCCCAAGACAAGGAGGGAUGAUAUGAAGGACGUGUUGGGCGUACCGGAGAGCUUCUUCAUGCUCUACGAUACACUGGUGGCUCUGGACCAUUUCGCACAGGUUGUAAAGGUCAUAACAUACGUCAAGGUACCAGACAGCAUGGACGACUUGGAACAAGCAUACGAGGAAGCGAAGAGUACGCUAAACAAAUAUGUGACAAUACUCAAGGGCAAGGACAUUCCGCUACCAGAACAAGGGCCCAUUCAGCUUGGUAACCAAUACACGUCCAACAUUGGACAGGACGGGUAUGAGAACCAUGUCAAGGAACUGAAGAAGCACAUCAGCGUUGGCGACAUCAUCCAAGCGGUACCAUCUCAACGGUUUGCAAGACCGACAUCAUUGCAUCCCUUCAACGUAUACCGGAACCUGCGAAACGUCAACCCCUCGCCGUACCUAUUCUAUGUCGAUUGUGACGAUUUCCAAAUAGUGGGGGCAAGUCCCGAGCUGCUGGUAAAAGAGGAGCAGGGUCGCAUCAUCACUCAUCCCAUUGCUGGCACCGUCAAGCGGGGCAAGACACUGCAAGAAGACGCAGCGCUCGCGGAAGAGUUGUCCAACUCUCUCAAGGAUCGGGCCGAACAUGUCAUGUUGGUCGACUUGGCUCGCAAUGACGUCAAUCGCGUGUGCGACCCACUUUCGACACGAGUUGACAAGCUAAUGGUAGUCCAAAAGCACCUGGUCUCGGAGGUCUCAGGGGUGUUGCGACCUGGCAAGACGCGAUUCGACGCGUUCCGCUCAAUCUUCCCCGCUGGAACAGUGAGCGGUGCGCCCAAGGUGCGCGCCAUGGAGCUCAUUGCCGAGCUUGAGCGGGAAAAGCGCGGUGUGUAUGCUGGCGCGGUGGGAUACUUUGGCUACGGCUCUAUUGAUGGCGACAAGGAGAUUGAAGGUGCCAUGGACACAUGCAUUGCACUAAGAACCAUGCUUGUCAAAGACGGCAUCGCGUAUCUCCAAGCAGGGGGCGGCAUAGUUUUUGAUUCGGACCCUUACGACGAGUGGAUGGAGACGAUCAAUAAGUUAGGUUCGGAUAUCGGCCGCUUGGGCGUGGUUGGCAUGGCUACAUCAUACGGUAGGAGCGCCCGGGGCAUUGGCCAAUGGGCGCGCAGGGUGCAGGUCGUGCUUUCCGCGUUUCCUUGCUAUGGCGUCGAUCGUGGAGUUGCUGUGCCUGGACUUGGCGGCCCACCCCUGCACACGACUAGACCCGCUACUGACGCUCCAACCCGUCACCAGCCCGUUGCAGCCUCUUGUUUGCGCGCGACUUCACUCUUUACCAGCCACGGACCAGCCCCAACUGUUUAUGUCCCCUACGAUAUAAACCCACUCCUCUUCCCCUCUCUUCCCCCCUCAUCACUCAGCAUCCUCAACCUCAGCAAUCAACUCACUCACCUUGACUCCACUCCCACCUCGAUACCUAGUAUCCUACUCCAAUAUCCAUCUCUUCCACACAAACACUGUCCCAACCCACCCCCACCUACAGUCAAGAUGAAGUCCUACGCUGUCCUCGCUGCCACCUUUGCUGGUGUUGCUCUGUCCCAGGACAUCCCCAUGCCUAGCGGCGACUGCGCCAACCUCUGCAUCAACAACAUGGCCCGCAUUGCCCAGACUGAGUUCUCCUGCGCCUCCGACGACAUUAGCUGCUUCUGCACCAAGUCCAACUGGGCUUAUGGUAUCCGCGACUGCUCUCGCCAGGCUUGCGAUGCUGACCAGUCCGCCCAAGCCGUAUCGUGGGCUUACGCUCGCUGCGCUGGUGUCGCUGCCACUGCCACUGGCUCUGGCGCUCCUGCUGCCCUUCCCAUCUUGACCUCCGCUGUUGCCAGUGCCACUGCUGUCAACCCCGGAUCUAUGGUCACCUCGAUCGUUACCUCUGUCGUCUCCAGCGCCGCAUCCGGUGCCGAGAGCGUUACCUCUUCGCUUGGAUCUGCCGCUUCCUCCGCUGUUGCGUCUGGCGAGUCUGCCAUCAGCUCUGCCCUUGAGUCUGCCAGCUCUGCCCUCGCCUCUGCCAGCGCCAGCAUCUCCUCUGAGCUUGCCUCUGCCACCGACUCUGCUGGCAACGCCAUCUCUUCUGCCACUGACUCUGCUGGCUCUGCCAUCGCUUCCGCUACCGACUCUGCUGGCAGCGCCAUCUCCUCUGCUACUGACGCCGCUGGCAGCGCUGCCAACUCUGCUGGUAGCGCCGCUUCCUCCGUCGCUGAGGGUACCGCUCCCAUGGUCACUGGCAUUCCCUUCGCUGCUGGUGCCGGUAUUGCCGCCUGGCUCCUGCUCUAA